AUGGGCGGUCAAAUAUCCAAGAUGAUGGGCAAGAUCUUCGGGUCGAGAGAAAUGCGGCUGUUGAUGCUGGGCCUCGAUGCUGCUGGCAAGACAACAAUCCUCUACAAAUUGAAACUUAACCAAGAUGUCACUACGAUCCCUACAGUUGGCUUCAACGUCGAGACCGUCACCUACAAGAACGUCAAAUUCAACGUCUGGGACGUGGGCGGACAGGACAAGAUUCGGCCACUCUGGCGACACUACUUCUCCGGCACGCAAGGUCUGAUCUUCGUGAUUGACUCCAACGAUCGAGCACGCAUCGACGAGGCCAGGCAAGAACUACACAGGAUCAUCCUUGACCGGGAAAUGAAAGAAGCACUCUUGCUGGUCUUUGCCAACAAACAAGAUAUCCCGGGCUCCAUGACCCCUACUGAGGUGACAGAGAAGCUGCGACUCGGACAAUUGAAGGAUCGGACUUGGUAUGUGGUGCCUAGCUGCGCUACUACCGGAGAAGGAUUGCUUGAGGGAUUGAGUUGGCUCUCGACGAAUGUCAAGGCGCAACCGAGGCCAGCACCCGCUAAGUAA